GUGAUAAUGACGCUUUGAAAAAAAGUAAUUUAGAUAUUAAUAAUGAACUAAAUUCUUUAUCAGCUGAAAUUAAAAUUCUAACAACUAAAUACAAUGAUCUGGAGGCCAAGGAAAAAAAAGGGGCCAAAGAAAUCGAAAGACUGACAGUGAUUGAAAAAAGUUAUCAUAAGUUGAAGAUGGAUUAUGAGAUUCUUACAAAUAACAGUGAAAGCAUGUCAAAUGAAAAUACUCGUUUGAAUAUUUUAAACAAAGAAUUAGAAAAAUCUCUGAAAACUAAAGUGGCUGAAUGCGAAAACUUAUCCGAAAAUCUUACUAAAUGUAAACAAGAUCUAAUCAAUGGGGAAUUGUUACGUCGUAAAUUGCACAACAACGUUCAGGAUUUGAAAGGAAACAUACGAGUUUUCUGUAGAGUACGACCACCGAUAAAUGAGGAAGAAAAUAAUAAACUUCAGUGCUUGCUAACCUUUCCAGAUGAGAAUACUUUAGAAAUUCGUAAAAGCAAAGAAAGUGUCAGUGCUGUAACAGGCAAACCACUUGAUUAUAAAGCAGAAUUUUUAUUCGAUAGAGUGUUCCAACCUGAAUCAACUCAAGCUGAAUUCUUUGAAGAGUUGUCACAAUUAGUACAGUCUGCCUUAGAUGGCUAUGAUGUGUGUGUUUUUGCUUAUGGACAGACAGGAUCUGGAAAAACAUAUACCAUGCAAGGUAUCAACACCCCUGAACAUCUGGGAAUGGUACCUAGAUCUGUGGAUUUAAUAUUCAAGGCAAUUGAGAAUCUAAGAAGAUCUAAUUGGAUAUACACAGUUAAAGUAAGUUUUCUGGAAAUUUAUAAUGAAUGUGUUCGGGACUUAUUGGAUCCAGAUGUGAAUCGAAGUUCUCUUGAAAUUAAAUACAAUGAAGGACGUGGCAUAACUGUAACCAAUUUAAAAAUUGAAAACAUCAAUUCGCCUGAGGAAUUUAAUGCUUUAUUAGAAAUUGCACAACAGAAUCGAAUGGUAGCAGCAACUGAUUUCAAUGAACAUAGUUCUCGUUCCCAUGCAAUAUACAAAAUCUAUUUGUAUGGUUCCAAUGAAGAAUACCAUUGUUCUUGUGCUGGAUCUGUUAAUUUGGUGGAUCUGGCUGGUUCAGAACGAGCUAAAACCACCUCUAUAGGAGAGAGAUUGGCUGAAACUAAAAAUAUUAACACUAGCCUCUCCAUAUUGGGACAUGUUAUGCUAGCACUGUAUAACAAGGAGAAACAUAUUCCGUAUAGAAACUCGAAGCUAACUUAUUUACUUCAAUCAAGCUUGGGGGGAAACUCUAAAACCUUAAUGGUUGUUAAUAUUUCCCCAUUUGAAGAGUUCUAUCAGGAAAGUAUAACUUCCCUUAGAUUUGCUACAAAAGUGAAAGAAGUGAAAGUGAUGGUUAAAAAGAAUAAGGCCAUACUAACCCAGGCUACCACAUCAAAUGGGAAAUAAAGUUUCAAAUCAAAACUUGUAAAUGUGUUCGUAUUAUUAAUGUUAUUUGUUUUAUGUAAUCAUAUUGUUGUUUGAAUUAUUAUCGUUCUAGAGUAUUACUCCUUGGUAUUUUUGUUAUAUAAUAAUAAUAAAGAUGUGUUUAUAAAAGU